UGCCGCAGGCGAGUCAGCCGGCCAUCUGCCCCCCUCUGCGAAACCACGCAUGGGCGAGUCCAGACACUGGGUGCAACUGUCGCGACUUCCGGUUCCGAUGACAGCAGCGCCGGAAGCCGGGCCCCGGCUGCAGGACUAGGCAGAGGCUGUCAUGGAGCAAUGUGCAUGUGUGGAGAGAGAGCUGGACAAAGUCCUGCAGAAGUUCCUGACCUAUGGGCAACACUGUGAGCAGAGCCUGGAGGAGCUGCUACACUAUGUGGGCCAGCUGCGGGCUGAACUGGCCAAUGCAGCACUCCAAGGGACCCCUCUCUCAGCUACCCUCUCCCUGGUGAUGUCCCAGUGCUGCCGGAAGAUCAAAGACACUGUCCAGAAACUGGCUUCAGACCACAAGGACAUUCACAGCAGCGUGUCCCGAGUGGGCAAAGCCAUUGACAGGAACUUUGACUCUGAGAUAUGUGGUGUAGUCUCCGACGCGGUAUGGGACUCACGGGAGAAGCAGCAGCAAAUUCUGCAGCUGGCCAUUGUGGAGCACUUGUACCAGCAGGGCAUGCUCAGUGUUGCUGAGGAGCUGUGCCAGGAAUCAACACUGAAUGUGGACUUGGAUUUCAAGCAGCCCUUCUUGGAGUUGAAUCGAAUCCUGGAAGCUCUGCAUGAACAAGACCUGGGGCCUGCACUUGAAUGGGCCGUUUCUCAUAGGCAGCGCCUGCUGGAGCUCAACAGUUCCCUGGAGUUCAAGCUGCACCGACUGCACUUCAUCCGUCUCCUUGCAGGCGGCCCUGAGAAGCAGCUGGAGGCCCUCAGUUAUGCCCGGCACUUUCAGCCUUUUGCUCGACUCCACCAGCGGGAGAUUCAGGUGAUGAUGGGCAGCCUUGUGUACCUGCGGCUGGGUUUGGAGAAGUCGCCCUACUGCCACCUCCUGGACAGCAGCCACUGGGCAGAGAUCUGUGAGACCUUUACCCGGGAUGCUUGUUCCCUGCUGGGGCUCUCUGUGGAGUCCCCACUCAGUGUCAGCUUUGCCUCUGGCUGUGUGGCGCUGCCCGUGCUGAUGAACAUCAAAGCUGUGAUUGAGCAGAGGCAGUGCACUGGGGUCUGGAGUCACAAGGAUGAGUUGCCGAUUGAGAUUGAACUAGGCAUGAAGUGCUGGUACCACUCGGUGUUUGCUUGCCCCAUCCUCCGCCAGCAGACAUCGGAUUCCAACCCUCCCAUCAAGCUCAUCUGUGGCCAUGUCAUUUCCCGAGACGCACUAAACAAGCUCAUUAACGGAGGAAAGUUGAAAUGUCCUUAUUGUCCCAUGGAGCAGAACCCAGCAGACGGGAAACGCAUCAUAUUCUGAUUGCUGCCUGGAAGGAACUUUGUUGGAAGGGGUUUUCUCCCAUGAGCCUCAGUCUGUCUAGGGGCGGAUGGAUGAGUGGCUUUAGUGGAUUGGAAUUCAUUUCAGAGGAACUGGCUGAGGAACACUACCAUGGGGUGGAGCCUGUCCAAGCUUUUGGCAGAGGCCAAGAAAAGAGGUUAAGAGCUAGACUGGGCAGCUACCUCCUUGGCUAUAAGGAAAGGGAAAUGCUGGCCUCUGUACUCUUGCUGUUUAUAUUUGCCCCACUUAGCAACUGACAGAGUAGCAAAGGUCUUGGACAUCAGCAACAAUCUUCCACCCCCAUCCUCAGCCAUGGCUUUUACUGCCAUGUGAAGGCUGUAUCCACCUCUGCCUCUCAGCCUAGAUCCAGCUGUGGCCAGCUCCUCCCACUGUAUAGCCUCAACUGUAUAUCCAUUCCCUGUUGUAAAUAGUCCAAGUUAGAACUGAAUGCUGUUGUUUUAUAACUUUGAGCAAAUAUAUUCACAGCUCUUCUCCUUACUUCUAGUCAGCCUGGAGCUUCACUGACAAUUAUGUACCCGCUGCACCAUACAUACUGGCAUGGCCUGGUGGCUGCUAACAGAACCAUGGUUAGCCAGAUCAUCUGGAAAGUCUGCCUCGGGGGAAAAUGUGGGAGAUGUGCAACCCUGGGCAAGGUGCUUUUAUAUAUAUGUGUAUAAAAUCUUAUUAGAAAUCACUGUAAGAGGAUUUAAGAUUAAGAGUUUCAACAGCUCUUGACCCAAGCAUAAACUCUUUGCAGAUUACCCCAGGGAGGCUGAAGACUGGUUGCUAUGGGUACUAAAUCCUGUGGUGAGGGAGUUUAUAAGGCAGGGAGGGACCUCAGGUAUGCAAUGUUUGCAAAGGCCAUUAUGUUAAGAAGGAGAAAGGCCUGGGUUUGUAUUUAGCUUCAUAUUAAAUCUACUAGCCAGGUGCUGUGGGGCAUGUCUGUAAUCCAGUGACUUGGAAGGCUGAGGCAGGAGGAUUCCAAGUUCUAGGUCAGCCUCAGCAACUUAGCAAGACCCUGUCUCAAAAAAUAAAAAGGACUGGGGAUGUGACUUAGUGGUAGACUGUUCCUGGGUUUAAUCCCUAGUAUAAGGAAAAAAAAUUUACUGUUUUGAGGUUUUUCCCAGUAAGUUUUCCACAUUUCUUUUUUUUCCCUACUAAGUUGCUGAGGCUGGAAUUGAACUUUUGAUCCUCUUGUCUCAGCCUCCUGAGUUGCUGGGAUUACAGGUAUACAUCACAGUGCCCAGGGUCCACAAUGGUUUUUAAAGCUCCUGGAAGAAAAGAGGAAUGGGACAUGGGCUGUCGCUUAUGUAGUGGCUGCAGGCCCUGUUGCCUCAUCUCAAAGCCUACACUUCUCCUGAAAAUGAGAGUUGAAAGUUCUGGAGUACACAGGAAAAUCAGUUCUCAAGCUGGGCACUGUGGUGCAUGCUUGUAAUCUCAGCUUCUCAACUACUCAGGAGUCUGAGGCAAAGGAUUACAAGUUUGAGAUCAGCUUCAGCAACUUAGACCUUGUGUCAAUAAAAGGACUCAGGAUAUGGUUCAAUGAUAAA